GGUUAGCACGCAUGAACUCUCCAAUUAGCUUGUGUGUUAAGUGAUUUUCAUUACCUUUAUGUCCGCCAUCAUGCCAGUGGUUAUGGUGCACCAUUUGUUAUAUUUCCUGAAUUGCUUUUGUGCAGCAACUUUAGCCAGUCCGGAGAACCUGUGAUAAAGUCCUCUUAACGCGACCAUCUUCAGGAAAACAAACAAGAAGACGAGAGAGAGAGAUGGGAGUUUACAGAUCAAACCAUUAGGUUAGGCAAAACAGAGCAGGUGACCAUUCACUGUGUGUGUGUAUGAGGAGACAACACCACCAGAGAAUGGUUAUGAGAGGGGUAUCGCUAUAUCUUUUGCUUGGGCAUCUCCUCAUGGUAGGCGCUGGAUCUACCUGUGUUCCUGUUGAAUGUCUGAGAUGUAACACCACAGGAAAACCUCAGGCAGAUGCUUGUGCAUUCUGCAGUCCAGAAAAAUGCAUCGAUGAUACUUCAAAAAUUCUGUCAAACUGCAAACAAGACUUUCAGGUUUCUGUCAACUGCACUGGAACCAAUCUUCAGGAGGGCAAUGACAUCACUCUAACAUGUGUCCAUAACCUUACCGUUUUGAUUACGAUGUUUGGGUGGCAGAUGAAUCAGGUGGACCUCCAGGAAGGCAAAAAUGCUAGCAGUCUGUAUCUCAAAGAAGUCCACUCCAAUAACGCAGGCCUGUACACCUGCUUUGUGAAAAGCCCGUGCGGUGAUUACGUGUCUCCAUCAUGCAAUGUCACUGUAGAGAACCAGAGUGUGUUGAUCUUGGUGAUCUGUGGUAUUUCCGCUUUGGGCCUGGUCUUGAUUAUGGGGCUGGCUAUGAAGUUCAAGCUGAAAAGAGACAACGCUAAACACAAAGAGAGGAGGAGGCAGAAGGCAGAGGCAGAGCAGAGAAGCGGUCCGGCUCCUUUCACACUAAGCGGAUCCUAAAUAAGACUCAGUCUAUCACUUUCACAAAAAUAUGAUUACUGAUAUUGUUUCAUAAUUUGCUUUUGUAGUGUUUGAUGUAGAAAUAAAACUUAUUUAAUCUCCAUCUUUGAGGCUAAAUGUGUGUGAUCAGAUAAGGUUAUAACAAGCUUAUGUAUAGAUAUUUCCAGACCAUGGUGGAUCCUUUGU